UCUACUCCACCUAGCUCAGCCGUUCCGCCACCGCCGAUGGACCCUCUAACCCUCCUCCGCGACUACACCAUCCGCAACUCCCUCGACAGAAUCGUACGUGUCAACGACGAAUUCCGCUUCGGCUCCGACUACUCCUUCGCCGCCACCAUCGAGACCGCCUACCGCUCCAAGCACGCGCAGCAGACGCGCCGCUACACCCUCGAAACCCUCGUCCACUUCAUCACCAACCACCACCUCAAGCACACCGACUACAUCCAGAACGCCCGCGCCCUCCGCAUCCCCGCCGUCACCCUCCCCGAUCGGAAACCCCUCCUCGAUUACCUCACCGGAAAAGUCCAAUCCUCCGAUUCAAUCGUCCCCCUAGAUUUCCCCAACAUAAACCCCCAAAUCACCAACCUAGACCGCCCCAACCUCCACCACGACUCCUCCGCCGCCGCCGCGGCGGCGGCGGCCGAACCCCUCGUUUCCGAGAGCGAGGGCAACCUAAUCGAAUUAAUUAGGGCAAAAGAGAAGCCAAUCAAAGAUAGGGAAGCGAUGCUGGUGUUCGCCAAUAGGGAUUUCUACAGCGUUCUGACUGCAGCCACGAAGCGAGACGAGGAGAGGCAGAGAACAGAGGCAUUGCAGAGGAAAGACAACAUCGUGGCGAAGAACAGAAUCGAAAGCCGGGGUUUCAGUACAGGCGAAGAUGCCAACAAGAUGCGAAAAAUGGGGGAAGGCGUGCCGAUAAUUCUGGUCCCGAGUGCCUUCUCGACUCUGAUCACUAUAUAUAAUGUGAAGGACUUCUUGGAAGAUGGGGUUUAUAUUCCAACAGAUGUGAAAUUGAAGCAAGCCAAAGGGGGAAAACCCGACUGCGUGACGGUGCAGAAGAAGUUCAGUAGGGAUCGUGUGGUGACGGCUUACGAGGUGAGGGAUAAGCCGACUGCACUGAAGAGCGAUGAUUGGGAUCGUGUGGUUGCCGUUUUUGUUCUCGGCAAGGAGUGGCAGUUCAAAGAAUGGCCUUUUAAGGGCCAUGUUGAAAUCUUUAACAAGAUUCUUGGGUUUUACAUGCGUUUCGAGGAUGACAGCGUGGAAUCAGCAAAAACUGUGAAGCAGUGGAAUGUCAAGAUAAUUUCGAUUAGCAAAAAUAAGAGGCAUCAGGAUAGAGCUGCAGCUCUUGAAGUGUGGGACAAACUUGAAGAAUUUAUGCGGUCUCGCUCUCAUUAGGAUGGAGAAAACGAAGCUAGAAGUCAUUCGAGAGAUUCGAUUAAUGUGGAUUAACCGGUUCGACACACAUACAUUACAUGUUGUAGAUUAGUAUGCUGCAUGUGCUAUUAUUGUAGAAUUGUUAGGAAAAUGAUAUUUAUGGCUCUUCAGUUUUGUGCUGGCUUCGAGUUUUAAUUACGAUUAUUAUUUGUUCGAGAUUUUUUCUCUUUUCUUCGAGUUGGUUUGUAUAGAAGUCCUCUUAUCAACUGAAACAACUCCUGUGUAAGAUUAUCGAUUUUUAUAAUUCCUGGAUUAAUCGA